GUGGCGGCGCAGUCGGCCCAAGAUGGCCACGCUGGAUCAAUGAAACGCGAGUAAUCGUAGUAAAAACAGAAAUUGACAAGUGUGCAAGUGAACGCCAGACAUUGAUUACGGUGUAAAUGGGCCAUGGGGAAGGACCAGGAGCUGCUGGAGGCAGCGAGAAGCGGAAAUGUCACCGUGGUCGAGAAGAUUUUGGGUCAACGAGCGAAGAGGAGUGGUCCACUGGCAAGCUUACGGCGAGGUCCGGGGGCUAACGUGCAAGAUGCCAGCGGAUAUUCUGCCCUUCAUCACGCAGCUUUGAACGGACACAAGGAGGUGGUAAAGUUAUUGCUCCAAUAUGAGGCUUCCACUAACGUCGUCGACGCUAAAGGCUCUUCGCCGCUUCAUUUGGCAGCUUGGGCGGGCGACGCUGAAAUCGUGCGGUUAAUUCUUACCCAAGGACCCUCCGUACCUAAAGUGAAUCUCACGACGAAGGACAACGAGACAGCGUUGCACUGCGCGGCGCAGUAUGGGCACACGGAAGUGGUGGCACAGCUGUUGCAAUACGGAUGCGACCCCAGCAUCCGCAACAGCCGGGGAGAAUCCGCGCUGGAUCUCGCCGCGCAAUAUGGCAGAUUGGAAACCGUGCAGUUGCUCGUUAGCACGUAUCCAGAGCUGAUCGUGCCCCUUCGGAAUUCUUCCUCGUCGGUGAUUUUUCCUCACACCCCGCUGCAUCUCGCCUCGCGAAAUGGCCAUAGAGCGGUGGUGGAGGUGUUGCUGGCUGCAGGCGUGGACGUGAACACGAGGACGUCGGCCGGGACGGCGAUGCACGAGGCGGCGCUGUGCGGCAAGAUGGAAGUGGUGCGAGCGUUGCUGGACCGUGGUGUCGACCUGGGCAUCCGGGACUCGCGGCAGAACACGGUGCUCGAUCUUCUGGGACAGUUCCCGCCACACGUCACUCAGGACAUCACCGCGGUGAUAAAAAGGCACAGGUCUUCCUCCGGCGUGGAGAGCGACGCGGACAGCGAGAACUUGCCACCGAUCCCGGUGCAGGGGAACGAUUCACUGGGCAGCCCUUACGAGAAUGUUCGUCCAGGGGAUGAUCUUUCUUCGGUCGAAGGCACGUCGCCCACUCAAUGGCAAUUCUACCACAAACCUCGAGACGACGAUCGCCGCGUUUCCGGCACUUCCGUUGUGUCUUUGGGUUCCGACAACGGACUGUACCAAACGCCACCGGUACCUCGUGGAACAAUGGAGGGUAGCUUCGUGUCGGAGGAUCUGUCCUUGACAUUACCCACGGGAUACGGUGGUGGCAGGGAGUCGGAUCAAUUGAGCGUUUCCUCGUCCUCGAGCGUCGGUGGACCGAGCCCACGGGACCGGCGUUGUUUGCCCAACGAUUCCAGCGCCGCCGGGAUUUACUUGCCAAUGGCACCGUUGUCCAGCUCUCUCCAUAGCCCCGCCUCCAACAGUAAAGUCUCGCCAACGCCACCGAAAAAGCCACCGAGACGCAACCUCUCCGUCUCGCCGACGCACCUACAGACCCAGAUGUCUCUGUCGGCGGACUGCACUUUGGGCCCGAGCAACUACGAGUAUCUGUUCAUGGCGCGCAGCGGCGCCCGCAGUCACAUCGACCUGGAGCAGCUGCAGAAACGUCGCGAACAACUGCGUCACGUGACCAGGAGCGUGGACCAAUACGUGGAGAUGAAGUCCCGCGUGCCGGACGGCGAGGAGAAGCGCGAGUCGAACGUCGAACCGGUUGCCAUCACUUCCAUCUACGAGAACAGGCCGAUCAAGACGCUGAAUCCACGGCGAAAGUUACGUAGGCACGCGUUCGAGAGCUACGAGCCGGAGAGCAGCCCCUGCGCGGACAAGUCGCCGUGCAGUGAGACCGACUCGUUCGUCCAGGAGCCGACGUUCGUGUCGAACGCGUUCCUCACGCUCAAGUCUUCCCAGGAGAGCCUUCUGGACGACAAGCGGGACGCCGUCGAUGAGCACCCGACGCCGGAGGGCCGCGAGGCAACCGACAAGCGCCUGAAACGAGUACAAAUGAUGCUGCCCACCAGCCCCACGCACUAUGCUCAGCCACCGACGCCUGAUCAUCCGCCACCCUCCGCCAUGCAGGCCGAGAAGUCGAUUCACGAGAGGAUUCGUCCUUUGAGUCAGGUGUACAAACGGCGGUCCCGCGACAUGGAAACGGAAACCGACGAGGAUUUAUUGCAGUUUCCGGCCGGCGGCUCUCUGGACGCCAGCAGCGGAUCGUUAUCGAGCGUGUCUCUGUCGGACAAGAGCAUGUCGACGGACAACGUCGAGGAAUACUUCGGGGAUGUGCCGUUCGCAGGUUUGUUGAAAGGAUCGGUGACGGCUGAACGGCCUCGCACGCUGCGUCGCUUGCGGAACGUUUACGGGCCGUCCGCAUGCGGAAUGGGAACCGGAGGUGACGGUGGCGGUGGCGAACGCCUGGAGGACGGUGAGGUCUCGUUCCGGUCGGAGCGCGAUCGCGAGAGGGACGAGAAAUCGCUGAGCAUAAUGAGCCCGUUCGACGAGCAGGAGGAAUGGGCCAAGAUUUCGGAGAUCAUGGCGUCGUUUGGCACCGGUCUCGUCAGAGAGUCUGUCUUCGUCACCGAAUUGGAGAAGGAGUUCCAGACGAGGCUAGGCCUGAGUUCAGACACCAGCAGCAGCCCUAUUGUCUCCACUUCCGUUGGCCAGUGGCUGUCAACGUUGGGCCUGGCCGAUUACGAGAACCUCUUCAUUAAUUACGGGUUCGACGAUCUGGAUUUCAUAAAUGGAGUUCUGGACGAGAGCGACCUGAAGGACAUGGAGAUCACCAGCGAUCAAGAGCGCGCGGUGAUUUUAGACGCGGUCGGUUUGUUGAACAAACGCGUGGACAAACGUGGAUCUGGCGGCAGCGGGCAGUCGGUCGACGAGUGGCUGAAGAGCAUCCACUUGGAGAAUUACGCGGAGACGUUCAAGAAGAACCUGUACACGGACAUGGAACGCGUGAGGUGCGUGUGGGAGGUGGAAUUGGCGACGGUGUUGGAGAUCCAGAAGCCAGCGCACCGUAAGAGGAUCCUCGCGUCGGUCAGCGGAUCGAGCGCGCGUGCGCAGAAUCGCAACUGCACCGGGCCCAACCUCGAGGACCUCAAUAAGGAUUUGAACACCUUGAAGACGAACAUACAGCAGCUGAAGGACGAGAUAAGGGAGAAGCUGCCGGAAACAACGGCGGAGGGUAAUGGCGGCACGUCGAUAACCGGAACGAAUUCGACCGGCACGAGCACAUUAAGGCACCGCAAAAACAGGCCGGCUCCGCAGCCACCCCAGCGACCUAGUUCGCAUAAUGGGGCGAUCUCGGCACCGGAACAGCUCGAGAUCAGGGCACCGUCGGAGCUGCUUCUCGGUGUACCGUCCACCCUUAAGACGCAGUGGAGGCACCAGCCAAAAGCUCUAGUCACCGGUUGCGUCACGUACGUCGCCAACUAUCUGGGCUCCACCGUGGUGAAGGAGUUACGCGGUACCGAGUCGACGAAGAAGUCGAUACAGAAGCUGAAGAAAACGUGUCGCGAGCCCAGAGUUACUCCCGACAUCACGCUGGCCAUCUCUUACCGCGGCGUUCGGUUUCUCAACACGAUGACCAACGAGCCGAUUUGCGAGCACGAAAUUCGCAACAUUCACUGCGCCUGCCAGGACGCCGACGAUCUCACGCAUUUCGCCUACAUCACCAAGGACCACGCCAGUCGCACGCAUUUCUGCCACGUCUUUUGCGUGCCAACCAUGGACCAAGCGACGGAGGCGAUCCUGACCCUGGGCCAGGCGUUCGAGGUGGCCUACCAAAUGGCACUGCGCGACAAGCUCGGCGGUCACACGGUGCGGUCUCAGUCGGCCAAUCAGCUGACCACGUUCGCGAAAUCGUCCAAGGCGAUGCCAGCAGUGUCGCCAGACUCCGUGCUGUUGGACGUGGGUCGCGAGUCGCUGGACCAGCCGGCGGUCAUCGUUCCCAUCGCGAACUCGAUGAACCCGAAGCCGAAGCCCCGCUCCAAGUCGUCCAUUCCGCAUCCGGUCGCGGCGGCGAACCCGACGCAUGACGCAAACUCCAACUCGAGUUCUCUUUCUGGCGGCACGGUGAACUGUACGAGCUCGGGCUCGAGCUCGAACCCAGCCACCAGCCCCAGCGCCAACUCGGUCAGCAGCUCCAACUCGAACGCGAGCACGAAUCAAUGCACGACGAAGCCGCUGGUCACGCACGGUAGGUCUCACUCGGUGAACGACAUCAAAGUGAACGGGAACCAGUUGAAAUUGGCGCCAGCGCCGGUCGACGACAUCGGGAUCGGCGUGAAAGACAUGAAGCCAGGCUCCAGGGCGCCCAUUGCUUUGUCCGAGGAAUUGUAGAGGGACUAACGUUGACGGUGUUAGUCGUCGUCGUCGUCGUUUGGAUGCUCGUCUUGAGAGAUCGGCUUGAGAACGAUGUCUCGUCCUUUCACGUGUACGACGGUUCUGCAGUACGACGGAUUCGAAAGAUUCCGUGAAAGCGAACACUGCUCGAAGAGGGAGCAGAGAAGAAGCAUCGUAGGUUUCUCUUUUAAUUGCGAGACCCGUCGUCGUAUCUUUCGGGUAGUCGAAAGAUCGCGAGAGAUUUUGUAAAGUUAUUUGGAGUAAUUGUAAGAUCCAUGAUUUUGGGAGUUUGGUGUUCGAGCUAGGCUUGAAUCGUUCGAUUUUCAAGAUUGACUUUCGUAGAUAUUGUUGCCGCGGGAGAAGCUAGACGUUCGCGGUGUCUUUUUAUCUCUCCGAAUUUUUCUGAUAGCAUCCUAGACAGACUGGUGUUCCGGUCGUUUCGUCCCGAAACGAAAGAUUUGACCGUGGCUCAGGUAAGUAAGAGAUCAUCGCCGAAAUUCUUGACCGGCCACGGCAGACGGUGACGCUGUGAUUUUCCACAUCGAGGGCAUUAGCGAACCGACGAGAGCUCGUCCAGGCAAGGCAAGGACAACAGCGUGCUCACGUUUUUCGCGAGCAUGUGUAUUUUAUCGCACGUUCGCGCAGUUCAAGAAACAAAGACGAAAGAAGCAACGAAUCGAACUAGAUACUUUCGUCUCAUGUUGGACGGUAUUAUUCGACUGAACCGAAGCUCUUCGUCGCGAAGCGGACGUUUUUCUGGAUUACAUUUUGCCAAUAGGAGGAAGAGAGCGUGACUAAUUCGAACAGUUACAUCGACGUCUCGCCUAAAGUAAUUUUAAACGAACUAGAAAAAAAAAAAAAAAACUGAAAAGAAGAAGACAAAAAAAAAAUUAUUAGCAAAAGAAUGCGAUUUUUUAAAGAUUUCAUUGCACACGAAGCAUUAUAUUGCAUUUAGAAACGAUACAUUUACACACACAUAGACACACACAUUCCUAGGACGAAAGGACGUUGCAGGUGAGUCGACGAAAUUCGCGAAUGCUCAAUUUUUUGAUCGCGUGCAAUCAAAUUUAAAAAAAAAAAAGAAAGAAAAAAAUCGACUGAUGAGACUCAGAGGCUGAAUCGUUUUUUUUUUUUUUUUUUUUUUCACUUUGAACACCGUGGACAGCCGUGGAUUGGCGUUCACGGUGGAUUCGUUUCUUCCAUAAAAUCGUCAUUAUCCUCGUUUACUCCGUGUCCUCGCUCACCCAAGACUGACAGCCCCUUGUUUCGUUUUCACGUGUUUCCGCGUUUGCAGUGUAACACACGCAUAUAUAUAUUACACACAUACACAGAUCACACGUAUUCAUCGUCAGAGAAAAAUGGGAGAAAAGGGAAAGAGGAACGAAAGAAGCAGGUUAGCGUGUGUCUGUCAUUCGACGAACCUCGUGAUCUGAAGAAAAAAAAAAAAAAAAAAAAAAGGAAACGUUAUACCGCGAAACAGUACCAAAUAUAUAUAUAUAUAUUAUAUAUCUAUCUAUUGUAUAUUUCAAUACUCCGCGGAGUUCCCUGAAACUCCGUUCUAAGUGUAAGUCGACUUCUGCAAGUUGACACGACUUUCGAAGAAGAACGGAGCUGAAACAAGCUUAUGGGUUGUAGGCUGACCAAUUCGGCUAAAAACGACUCGAACUGACGUCAACGACGAUGCGUCACAGUCGAGCGUACGUACUGUAUCAUCGAUUGAACAACGCCGUAGCACCUCACGUACGGAGCUCCGAUUCCGAGAAGGGGCAGGCCUAACAUACUUCGUACGUAGCUGCCGAUUCGUAGUGAUAGAUAAACAAUCGAGGAACCGAGAAAUCUUGGUUCUCCUUGGGGAAUGUUGGCCCGGCCACCGCAUCCGGACAACAUUCGCGUAGAUCGAUUCGCAGCGAGAAACCAAAGAUUUUUGCACGUUCGUGUAGAAAGCACGCGCGACAUCAACCUCGAUAAAUUAACGCGAUAUUGAUCUCGAUAUUAAGCUGAAAGGCGAAAAUGGAGUGAAGUCUCCACUCUUUAUGGUGAUACAAGGGAGAGGAUAUUGCACCAAACGUGGUGAGAGACAAGUGAAACAGGAGAAACUGCCAAAUGACACACCAUCAUUGACACGUGGCUAUACGCACACUUUGUAUUUAUCACGUUUAAAAAAUAGUAUAAUAGAUAGAGCCCCUGUUCGUAUAUAUAAUAUAUAAAUAUAUAAAUGCAGGAUUUUUCAGCUCGUCGAACGAGGUUUGUGACGCAGCCGUAUAUCGACUUUCGACGUUCGUGAACUGUUAUAGCGCAGCUGUCGUAGAUUCGUAGGGAAUCGAAGUAUAGAGAAGCAUGCUUCCUCGAUCCUGCAUGCGUGUCGACGAAGUUUCGAGAGACUCGCGACAGACGAUCGACAGAGUGUCGAUCGCAAGAGGGGUUUAUUCGUGUGUUGGCUCUGGUGGCUCUGAAAAAGAGCGUGUUGUUCGAUCAACGAUGAAACGAGAAGCAAGUCGGAUAUUAAGAUUGGCCAAAUAUAGUUGUGUGACUGGGGGAAAAAGAAAAAAAAAAAAAAAAGAAGAAAGAAAGAAAAUGGACAAACGAUGCUUUGAAGAGCAGGAAAAUCGCGCGUAUAUUUCGACAUGGCACUAUUAUUUGAUAUUGAGGAAACAUUUUGUAGCGAAUAGCCGAUGAAAACGUAGUACUACGUUUUUAGAGUGCAAUAUUAGCGCGGGAAAAUUUAAACGCUGUAUAGUUGGUAGUCUUAUUAUAUCGAACUGUAGAGUGUAUUUCGACCAAAACUUUUGAAGUUUAUCGGCGAGAGACGUACAUACGUGUUUCGAACAUUUUGACGAAAUAUCCUUGGCGAGAAAGCGUACCAAAAAAUAUGUAUGCCCUUUCGUAGAUUUGUACUUUCGUAAGGUUUUCCUUGCUUUCGAUUUUUUUUUUUUUUUUAGAAACAAUGCGUAGUAACUGACGAUAAUAACACGGAUGAUUAUUUUUAAUAGUCGUCUUUUUACAGCGUUUGGAACAUCUUACACAGAAUUUUUUUACACAGAUUGUCGUAGGAGACGUUUUUCAUUUUUUGUAGUCGACAUAGUCGUUCCUCGUAAUAUACGCUAAAAAAAAAAAGAAAAGAAAAAAAAAUAAACCGCAUGCAUUUACCAAAUCUUAGAAAUAACAAGAUUUAACGAUUCUUAAAAAAAAAAGAGAGAGAGAAAAAAAGAACAUACAACAAAAGACCAGUCCAUUUUUCGAUUGUUUUACCUUAUCACGAAUCGCGUCACAAAUCGUUUGAAAUUUCUCAACGCGACUCGCGACUUGAAGCUUGACAACAUCAACAACAAUCAUUUCGUCCAUCAGCGAACAAUACAGUUUUUGCAGUUUUGCAAAACAAUGUAAUCUCUCAAGUGCCAACGAUGAAGCCCCCCCCCCAAUUUGUAUUCAAUAAGCCCGGCGUCGAUCGAACCGGAUCAGAUGUGAUUUAGCGGUCAGAUCGGCGAAAAAAACACACACGCGCGCACGCACAAACGCGUGCUAUAAGGUGUACAUAACAUACAUCGAACACUUGGUAGCUAUUUCUUUUCUCGUUUGCUAUAUACUGUAAAUUUACCACCCCCGUUCCACGCGUGGAAACGUUCAAAGGGGAACAUCUCUCUCUGGUACACCGUUCCGUGUAUGAACACGGACGCGGUAAAUAGUCGCACGAGACGAUACACUUCCUUCUUGCGCGCGGUGAGAACGCGGACGGAUAAUCUCCUGCGAAAGAGGCAUCUAUCAUAGCGUAAACUUUCAACUAUUUAUAUAUAAAAAUGAAAAGAAGCAGUAAUAAUUAAAUAAACGUUAGCUGUAUACACGCUGUACGACUAUACAUAGAACGAGUGGUUGGUGGUAUCGGCAACCGGAGUCUUCUUCAAGGAGAACUCGUGCCAAUCGCGCGAAGAAACUCAUUCACGGACCAAGAGACGAUUAAAACCGAGGAGAGAGCAACCCGGAGAGAGAAGAGUGAAUGAUGAAAUGGACGCGAGGAGACGACACGUAGCUGCUGUCGUGUUUAAUUGUAAUAAUAAUAAUAAGGCAUUUCGGGGAAAUGAAAAAAAAAGGGGGAAAGGGGAGAUGCUGCUGUCGAGAGAGUGAGACUUUUAGCUCGGCCAUGCCUGUUUCUCGCGGACGACGAGGUGUAUGUAUGCACCACCUCGUUCGUUUAGAUGGAAUUCAAAAUAGAUAUCAUGGCGUAACGUGUACAUAGGUGUAUGGUGAAACUAGAGAGCGUGGCUAACGUGGCGAUCACCGUGAAUCAGUUCAAUGAAGUUCAACGAUACCAAAGAGACGGUCGAAGCAAUUUUCCUAAUUGUACAUUAGACGACUAAGUGUGAUUAAACUGACAUACUGAUUA